GGUAUUGUGAGGGUGCAUGUGUUAUCUCUGUUUUGGUAGUAACUGAAGGAAUACCCAGCAGAAUGAAGUUUAUUGAUCAUUGAAGGAAGAAAAAUCCAAUCUUUAAUUUAUUGGUGUUUCAAUUCUUGAUUAGAUCAGAGCAGAGUUGGUAUGAAUUUGAAGCAGGAGAAAUAUGUGAGGUUUGAGAAGUGGCGUUCUGAAAAGUCGUCGCCGUCAUCGUCUUAUGGCGGGUCAGAGGGCCAAUCUUCCUUGAGCAACAAUGGAAGAUUAUUUAGGGUGAUGAGCAGCAUCAGAAGAGCAUUUGAGAAGGGGUCGCAAAGGAUAUGCUGCACGCUGCGGCGUAUACAUCCGCAUCGUGAUCUUGAUCGUCAGGAGGCAAAUAUAAACCACUCUUCUUCUUCUUCUUCUUCUUCUUCUACUACUACUUGUAGUAGGUGGUGGAAGAGCAAGAUGCAUGACCCCCAAGGUCCAUUUCUGCAACGGUGGAAUAGAAUAUUCGUGAUUGCCUGCAUAUUAGCAGCGACAGUGGAUCCUCUUUUCUUUUACAUCCCAGUGGUGGAUGACCAAAAUAAAUGCCUUGGUUUAGACAGGACUUUGGAGAUCACUGCCUGUAUUCUUCGUUCUGUUUUCGACUUUUUCUACAUAUUUCACAUUAUUCUGCAAUUCCGCACUGGCUUCGUUCCUCCAUCAUCUCGUGUGUUUGGUAGGGGUGACUUGAUUGUGGAUCCAUCUGCCAUAGCCAAGCGUUAUUUCUUCUCUUACUUCUUCAUCGACAUCCUAGCUGUUCUCCCUCUCCCGCAGGUUGUACUGUUCAUGAUGAUUCCCCGCGCGGACCGUCCCUUUAUUAUGGUGGCCAAAGACAUAUUGAAGGUUGUGAUUUUGGUCCAAUCUGUUCCCAGGCUGCUUAGAAUAUAUCCUUUGUACAAGGAAGUAACUCGAACUUCUGGGUUUUUCACUGAAACUGCCUGGGCUGGUGCUGCGUUCAAUCUCUUUCUCUACAUGAUAGCUAGCUAUGUAGCUGGAGCCAUCUGGUACAUUACUGCUAUAGAACGUCAAGAUAAAUGCUGGCGGAGGGCCUGUGAGAAACAUGGCAGUUGUGACAUAGAUUUCCUCUACUGCACAAAAUUAGGGCGUAGAGGAGGAGACUUUUCGUCCUCGUUUCUUAAUACUUCUUGCGCUCUGCUUGAACCUGAAAAUUUAAAGGCUGAUGACUUUGAUUUUGGAAUAUUUCUUGAUGCUCUCAAAUCUAAUGUGGUGGAGAAGAGAUACUUCUGGUCUAAACUCUUCUACUGCUUCUGGUGGGGGCUCAGAAACUUAAGUUCUCUUGGGCAAAAUCUGAAAACCAGCAACUUUGUGGGCGAAAUCCUUUUCGCCAUUCUUAUCUCCAUCAUUGGGUUGAUUUUGUUUUCGUUGCUUAUUGGCAACAUGCAGAAAUAUCUGCAGUCCAUCACGGUGAGAGUAGAAGAGAUGAGAGUGAAAAGGAUGGAUGCAGAGCAGUGGAUGUCCCAUCGCAUGCUUCCUGAUAAUUUGAGGGAGAGAAUCAGAAGAUAUGAACAAUAUAGAUGGCAAGAAACAAGGGGGGUUGAUGAAGAAUCUCUUAUUUCUAACCUCCCUAAAGACUUGAGGAGAGACAUUAAUCGCCAUCUCUGCUGGUCUUUACUCAAAAGAGUUCAUAUGUUUAAGACAAUGGAUGAACAACUACUAGACGCAAUUUGUGAUCGUCUGAAACCGGUUCUUUACACAGAAAAGAGUUGCAUAGUGCGGGAAGGGGAUCCGGUGGACGAGAUGAUCUUUGUGAUGAGAGGGAACCUAUUAACUAUGACUACAAAUGGUGGAAGAACAGGGUUCUUAAACUCUGAUGUUCUCAAUGCUGGUGACUUCUGUGGAGAAGAACUUCUCACUUGGGCUCUAGACCCCAACUCCUCCUCUAGUCUUCCCAUCUCUACUAGAACAGUGCAAGCUUUGACAGAUGUUGAAGCUUUCGCUCUCACUGCCGAUUUCCUCAAGUUUUUUGCUUCUCAGUAUCGACGCCUCCACAGCAAACAGCUUCAACACAAGUUCAGAUUCUACUCGCAUCAGUGGAAGACAUGGGCAGCCUGCUUCAUUCAGGCAGCAUGGCGUAGACAUUGCAGGAACAAGCUGGAGAAGUCCCUUAGAGAAGAAGAGGAUAGGCUGCAAGAUGCAUUAAUAUUGAGGAUGAGGAGGGAGGAGGGGGAAACCACACCAAGCCUAGGCGCUACUAUUUAUGCUUCGAGGUUUGCAGCUAACGUGCUAAGAACAGUAAGGCGCAACCAUCCACUUAGCGUGCCCAAAUUGUCUCCUAGACUGCCUCCUUUGCUGCUGCAGAAACCAGCUGAGCCUGAUUUUAGCGCCCCAGAAAAUAAUAAUGCCUCUUAGCUUAACAUU